AUGCUUGAUAAAACAUCCCUUCUUUUUACCAGCUUCCUGCUGGCACCCCUGGCAUCAGGGUUGCCUUUGGACGCUCGUUAUUUCCCUGGAUGGAUCCCAUUUCUGCCCUACCCGGUGGAUUCUAGCACUGUUGCACCUUCUAUAUACCCUUCCACAGCCUGGCCUACGUCGCCUCCUCCCACGAGUGUUCCUCCACCUAUCCCCGAUCCCCUUGUUCCGCCUCCCAUCUCAACUCCCUAUCUUCCUCCGCCCCCGCCUUCAAGCGUUCGUCUUCCUCCAUGGCACUCAUCGAUCCCCCAUAUCCCGCCUCCUUUCUCUUCGAGUGGCAUUGUUCCGCCACCAAUUAGUCCGCCAAGCUCUAUUUGGCCCGCGGGCUCUUCCAGUGUCUAUGUUACUCCCCCUCCGCCUACUUCGAGGCCCUCUAUUCCACCGGCCUCUUCUGGUGCCUCUGUUCCUCCCCCCUCUUCAAGUGGCAAUGCGCCUCCACCACAUGGCUCGUCGACUGCUCCUUUCCCCGGUCUCGGUUCCUCGGCUGCAUCUAUUCCAACUCCAGGCCCCUCCAGCGGUUUGCCAAAUCCCUCUUCGGGGCCAACAAGCGUCCCCAGUGUGGCACCUUCAGGCACACAUUCUAUCCCUCCCCCGGGGUCCUCUGGUGUCUCAAUUCCUGGACCUUCUGGGGAGCCUUCGACUGGGUCACCCGGAUCUUCGACGGCCCCUGCAAUCCCUGGUGUCACUACCACUUCAUCUCUAGCGCCAGUUCCUCCCGUGCCAGAGCCAUCAAGCUCAGAACCACCAGUACCCAUCCCAGUUCCUAACCCAGGCCCUAAGCCAGGUCCUAAACCGCCUGGACCUAACCCAGGACCCGGGCCUGAGCCUGGACCCAAGCCAGGCCCGAAGCCUGGCCCUGCUCCUGGCCCUAAGCCGGGUCCUGCUCCCGGCCCCAAACCUGGUCCUGCUCCCGGACCGAAGCCUGGCCCUGCUCCUGGACCUAAGCCUGGCCCUGCUCCCGGCCCCAAACCUGGCCCUGCUCCCGGCCCCAAACCAGGUCCUGCUCCCGGCCCUAAGCCUGGCCCUGCUCCUGGCCCUAAGCCGGGUCCUGCUCCCGGCCCCAAACCUGGCCCUGCUCCUGGCCCUAAGCCUGGUCCUGCUCCUGGACCUAAGCCUGGCCCUGCUCCCGGCCCCAAACCAGGUCCUGCUCCCGGCCCUAAGCCUGGCCCUGCUCCUGGCCCUAAGCCGGGUCCUGCUCCCGGCCCCAAACCUGGCCCUGCUCCUGGCCCUAAGCCUGGUCCUGCUCCUGGUCCCAAGCCGGGUCCUGCUCCUGGACCUAAGCCUGGCCCUGCUCCCGGCCCCAAGCCUGGUCCUGCUCCUGGUCCCAAGCCGGGUCCUGAACCAGGUCCUGAGCCCAAGCCGAAACCUUUCCCUGGUGACUCGCCCAGCCCUGAGCCUGACUCUCCGUGCAAGCCCAAGGUUAAGCGUGAUCGCGAGCCAGGGUGGAUGCCGCCUCAGUUUUGGUAA